AUGGCUGGGCUGCCCCGCAGGACCAUCAAGGAAACUCAGCGUUUGCUGGCAGAACCAGUUCCUGGCAUUAAAGCAGAACCAGAUGAGAGCAAUGCCCGUUAUUUCCAAAUGGUCAUUGCUGGCCUCCAGGAUUCCCCCUUCGAGGGAGGGACUUUUAAACUUGAACUAUUCCUUCCAGAAGAAUACCCAAUGGCAGACCCUAAAGUACAUUUCAUGGCCAAAAUUUAUAAUCCAAAUGUAGACAAGCUGGGAAGAAUAUGUUUAGACAUUUUGAAAGAUAAGUGGUCCCCAGCACUGCAGAUCCGCACAGUUCUGCUAUCAAUCCAGGCUUUGUCAAGUGCUCCCAAUCCAGUUGAUCCAUUAGCAAAUGAUGAAGCGGAGCAUGGAAGACCAACAUAG